AUGUAUCCACAUUAUCAACAGAAUGUAUAUUAUGGACAUCCUGAUCCAAGAUAUUUUCUGUCGCAUGAGUUGACUAGUCAGCCUUUGACUCCAAUAGAUCUCGCAUACAGUCAUUCUAUGUUACCUUCCAAUUUGUUGAUGAAUUCGCCAUAUCAAAGGCAAUACAUGCCACCCCAGGGAUCAUUUUUUUAUCCUCCAAAUCCAACUCCGAACAUGGCUUCUCCAUCCCUGUCUCCUUACUUGACACAACUAAGUUCCAAUAGUAACUUGGAUCAAUUGAAUUUAUCACGGACUAUUAUACUCAAAAAUUUAUCUAACGAUCUUACCCUCAAUGAGUUACUCGAUGAAAUUGACUACGGUCCUAUCGAAUAUUGUAAAAUGUUUUCAAAGCCAGCUCCUUCCCAUAUGAAAGAUGUGGAUAAUCUCAAAUGCUGCUACAUAUCAUUUAUCAACUCGAAGGUUGCAGUAAGCUUUCAAUUGAAGUACGCGAAGAACCUACAUAAUUUAACGAAGUUGAAAGAGAAGCUCAAAAAUUCAAAAUACUUGAAAAUAUCGCUAAAUGAUCCUAAUGCUAACAAUUCCUCGAGCAUUAAUAAACAAGAUUAUAUCAAGUUGAAAACUUUGAAUUAUAUUAUGGAGUUGAAUGCAACUAGAUGCCUUGUUGUCAAAGCUUGUUUGAGUUCUAGCUCAUUGUUCCAACAACUUGAUAAUGAUAUACUUGAAAAGUGUAGAAACUAUGGUGAAGUUGAAGACUACAGAAAGUAUUUUAAUGAAGAAAAACUGGAAGUGAAGGUGAUAGUGCAUUUUACAUCAAUUGAUGCUUCUAUUAAAACUUACGAAUAUUUUUUAAAAAAAAUACAAAGCGAUAAACAGGAUCAGAUUGACCAAGAAGGAGCAGAACCUCAUGAAAGCAUCAAAUUCGAACAUGUCUCUUUCCACAAAGAUAGAUGCGACAGAACUAUUAUUGACAAGAUUAAACCUCAUUCUCUUCUGGUUCAAAAAAACGAACAGCUAAAUAAUCUAGUAGCUAGAGAUCAAAAAUUGGCUACAAUUGAAAAGAGCGAUGAGGAUUCACUCAAUAGAGCUUUAGAGAAUAAUGAAUCAUUAAGAAGCACGUUGGUAUCGAACAAAAUUGAUGAUUCAGAAGUAACUACUAGCAACGAUAAUAUAAUUCCACUGGAUAUAUCAUGUUCGAGUAGCACGUCGCCGAUAGUGGAUUCUGCUAAUGUUUCAUUUACAUCACUAAAACAGAAUGGUCAUCAUUCCGGAAACUUGACGCCGUCUAUGACACCACAUAUGAGGCUUCAUGCCCAUGGAGGUCAACUACCGCCAACGGCACCAUCACCAUCGUACCAAAUAAAUCCUGAUCCUUUUAAUAUUGGAAAUCGUGCGAUUUAUUUGGGAAACUUACAUCCAAACACUACUGUUGAAGAAAUUGCAAACAAUGUUCGAGCUGGUGGCUUAGUUGAAUCCAUUAAAUUUCAUCCUGACAAGAGAGUUUGCUUCAUAACUUUCAUUGAUCCGACUGUUGCUUUGAAGUUUUAUGUUAACCAUCAAGUGUUGCAUCAAUUGAUAAUACAUGGUUACGAUAUCACGGUUGGGUGGGCAAAGAAUCACUCAGGACCACUAAGCAGAGAUAUUUCCUUAGCUGUCACUGCGGGUGCAUCCAGAAAUGUAUACAUUGGCAUUAAAAUAAAUAAAGAAGUGAAUCCUGAAGAGAAGUUACAGCUACCUAGUGAUCAAGAGUUGAGACAUGAUUUCAGCCGUUUUGGGGAGAUAGAACAAAUAAACUUUUAUCACAAUAAGGACUGCGGAUUUUUGAACUUUUUGAAUAUUCUGGAUGCGAUCAAAUUGGUGGAAUUGUUUGAAACAGAUUCUAUUGCAACAAUAAAUCGAAUCGUGAAAGACGACGGUGCGUUCUACAACAAGUAUAAGAAUUACAAAAUAAGUUUCGCCAAAGACAGAUGCGGUAAUCCCCCUAAAUUCAGCUUCAGAAAGCGUCCUGCAAACCUUGGGAGGAAAUCAAGUAAAGAUGAAGAGAGAGAACAGAGGACAUCGAGCUCCAAGCCUAGUGGCCCUAUGUCGGAAGAAGCCGCAAUGGUAUUUGGCAUCAUUAGUAACGGUGAAAAUAACGAGGAGCUUAGUGAAGACGCUGUGAGCACAGCACAGACUCAACUGUCCUUAGACAAACCUUCCUCUGCUGAGGCUUCUUUCAAAACAGAAGAAGUUUGUUUUAAAGAUGACGACAUAAGAACAAGUAAAGAGGGUUUGAAAAAGGAAAAUAUUAGCUCUAUUGAUCGUGUGAAUUAUCUGACAAAGAAAAAAGAUGUUAAGAAAGAUAAGGAGGGACAUCAUAUUGAAGAUCAAAGGGAAGGAAAGUGUGACAAAGAAGGUUUCAGCUGUGACAAAGAAGGUUUCAGCGAUCAUGAAGAUACUGAUACAGAUAAAAAGGAUAAAAAUAUUGACGGUAGUGAUCUUGAUGGCGAGGAAGAAGAAGAAGAAGAAGAAGAAGAUGAUGAUGAUGAUGAUGAUAACAUUUCUAUCAUCAUUGAAUCAGAUGGAACAACGUCUACCAAUACCCCAAAUCACUUUAAAAGGGGGACUAGAAAGGUAUAUCAUAAUAAAUUCAACUCCACUGAGUCUUUUGGCCCGAUAAGAAAUUCAUCUAGGGCAUCUUCGAGUAGCUCAGCAUCAAAUUAUAUGAAACAUCAUCAUUCUCAACUUAAUUAUGGCUCACCUUUCUCCCAGCAGCAGCAACUUUACUUUAAUCAUCGGGGAGGAGUGAGAGCACAUCCUCAAGCUGCACCAAUGUAUGCAAAUGGAUAUGCAAAUAACUAUUAUAUGCAAUACCCACAAGUUCCUCCUCCGCCUUUUCCUCUUAACUCAAUGAAGAAUCAGUAUUCGAGUUCUGGAUCUCAAGUAAUGGCUCAAUAUCUUGCGAAAUCUCAGCACGAUAAUUUGUACUAUGCUGCAAGUAUAUUAUCCAAUGAUGUUGAAGAUGAGUAUGAUAGUGAUUAUAUACAAAGACCCCGCUAUUCAAGAUCCAACUCCAGAAGGUAG